AUGCAGAAAUUAAUUGAGUAUUCGUAAGGCAAAGAGGAUAUCUAGAAUUCUAUACUUUCUUAAUUGGUUUAGAAUAUGAGAUCUUUGAUUUACGAUUCCAAUGGAAAUUAUGUCAUAUUCAAGAUGCUUGAAUCAUAUGAUAAAUCUAAAAUGGAAUUUCUCAUUCCAAUAGUAGAAGAAUCUGUAUAUAUCAUAAAUUUAUAUCUAGUUUCAUUAUAUGGCUCAAUAAAUAUAUGGUUGCAAAAUCAUUCAUAAGAUCAUUUAAUAAUAUGCUCCUAAUUACAUAGCUAAUUUAGUUAAACAAUCUAUUGCUAAUUAUUCUGUUUUGAGUUAAACAGAAUUUGGAAACUAUAUUCUUCAACAUAUAUUAUAGUUUUGGAUUGUAUCUCCAGAGAAAACUCGAUUAAUUUAACUUGUAAUAUAAUAAUUUUAUCAAUUAAGUAUCAAUAAGUAUGCAAGGUAAGAAAUAUAAAUUUAUUUUAGUAAUACUGUUGAAAGGGCUUUGGAAACUUUAAGUAAACCUGAAUUGAUAACUGUCUUAAAUUGGUUGCUAUUUAGAAACUAAGCCUAACAAUAGUUCACGUAUGUAGCUUCAAACUUUGUACAAUUAGCAAAUCACUAAUUUGCAAAUUAUGUGAUCAAGAAAUUUUUGAUCUUGAUCGAUUAAUAAAUGUAGCAAUCUAUUUUAAAUUUCUUAAUUAAAAAUUAAUAAGAGUGUUAAGCUCUGAAAUCCACUUUACAUGGUAAUAUUUAUGUAAUUCAUUUAGGUUAACGAAUAUGUAGUCUUUUAGAGAAAUAAGUGAAAUGUUGA